AUGCUCUUUCUUCAAUUUUCAUUUGGGAGAAAUCAAAAAAACUAGCUGGACUAGAACUGUACUGUAUCGAUAAUGAGAGUGACCAUCUUACAAACAAUAUUUAUAUUUAUUUCCAUAGCACUAUCCGCGGUUAUUCCCCCUGAAGAGCAGAACGCGCCCAAUGAGUUACUCGUCGGGGAAAUUAAUCCUGAAGAAGAGCCUGACUUUCUAAGUAUUAAAGAGUUGGAGUAUUUAAAGGGAGAUCCUGACGUUACACAUAAAGUUUCAUUCACCAUAUCACAAAGGGUCAGUGACUCCGAAUCCAAGAAGUUGGGUAAAUUAACCAUUGCUUUGUUUGGCAAAACUGUUCCUCUAACCGUGGAGAACUUCUACCAAUUAUCCACCAGAACAUUAAAACACAGUUAUCAAGAUGUAUUAUUCCAUCGUAUCAUUAAGGGGUUCAUGGUUCAAGGUGGUGAGAUUAAGACAGAAAAGGGCGAGUCGUGUAGUAUAUACGGUGGUAACUUCAAAGAUGAGAAUUUCGAACUCAAACAUGAUAAAUUAGGAAGAGUAAGUAUGGCAAACCUGAGCCCUGAUAGAAAUGGAUGUCAAUUUUUCAUUCUUAAUGUUGGAGAAACUCCUCAUUUAGAUGGACAUCAUGUGGUAUUUGGACAAUUAGUGGACGGCUUUGACACUUUGGAAACUAUAAGCAAUGUCAAUGUCGGCAAACAAAAUAAGCCAAAGAAUGAUAUUUAUGUUAGUGAUAUUGAAGCGAUUAAACGGUCAGAAGAAAUGAAAGAACCCUUGGAUGAAAUUGAGCAAGCUCACAAAGAUCAAACCAAUCAAGAGUUUGAGUUUGGUGAUGAGAAGAAGGUGGCACAACAAGAACCGCCUGUCAGUGAAGGCUACUCAUAUUUUAUUAUAAUGCUUUUAGUUGGGGUAAUAUUAGUUGGGGUGUUGUAUUAUCAAUUGAUUCAUCGCCGGAAAAAGAUUACUGCGAUUAGACAAGAUAAAUUUUUUUAGGUAUGAUUUAAAUAAAUAGUUAUCUCUACUCUCACAUCCCCAGUACCAUUAACAAUAGUAUAUCACAAUAGCUACACAUUAGUAUGUCUCGUG